AUGAAAAAGGCGGUGGCGCCAAAUAACCCAAUUUCCCUCUAUUCUUCUUCUCCCCAAAUACCACCAUCCUGUUCGAUUCGUUUAGUUGUUUUCUCAGCACAAAGAAAAAUAGCAGGCGGAUCCAAAUCCAACCCACCAAAGCCUAGGAAGAGAGUCGACGCUGCUUCAACCGCCUCUCUUGUCCGCGCCAGAGAUGGCAGUGCGUUUGCCAAGUGUGACGAGUGUAACAAAACUGUACCGGUGACCCUUAUCAAUAUGCAUAGCUGUAGCCUUGAAGCUAAAAUCAAAAUGAAUUUGGAGGCUCAAGUUAUUGAGAAGCCUGCUGAAGCCAAUAAGAAACCUGCAGAAAGGAAGAAACCUUCAACAACAGAACCAAACGCUAAAAAGCCGAAGAAGUUGAGAAGGGGGAAAGGUCCUAAUGCACCCAAACAUCCUCCUACUGCCUUCUUUUUGUUCAUGGACGACUUUAGGAAAUCUUAUAAGGAAGCAAAUCCAGAUGCAAAGGGUGUUACAGGGGUUGCGAAAGAAGGUGGUGAGAAAUGGAGAUCCAUGUAUGAUGAGGAAAAGAAGUGUUACAUUGAUAAAGCUGCUGAGCUCAAGGCUGAGUAUGAGAAGGCUAAAAAAGAGGAAGUAAGGCAUCAUUACCUUUUUCUUCAAACAUUUGAUUUAGCUGCCUGUGGUCCAUGGUUCUUUCGUUAUUCAUUUGUUGUGACAAACAUCUCACUUGGUUGUUUUAAUCAGGAGGAAGAAGCUUCUUCUGAUAAGGAAGCCCCUGCAGCUGCAGCACAAAAGGAGGCAGAAGUGUCGGAUGAUUAUUAG